CCAUCAGAGGACAUGUUGCGUAACCGCAAUAUGAGAAAUAUUCGAGAACGAGACAGAUUGCUGUUAUUCGUAUGAUACGUGAUAAUAACCUGCCUGGUAGUUUCAAAGUUGUCCUUCAAGAUUCUUCUGUAACAUGACGCUGCCAUUUUCUGAACUGCACUUGCAAGUACAUAUUAAUGAGCCAACAAUAAAUAAGACUGUUCGACAGAUACGUUACAAAGCGAGCACGUUAACAGGCAAUAAUAAAGUAGCUUGGUUACUGAAAGCAAUAACUUUCAUUGAUUUGACCACUUUAAAUAGUGAUGAUACUAGCAGUAAUGUGGAGGAACUUUGUAGAAAGGCUGCCAGACCUAUAGCCUUCUUACCAUUUGACAAAUGGGUUGAACCACUUCACACAGCAGCUGUUUGUGUUUAUCCAUCUAGAAUAGCAGAUGCAAUAUCUGCAUUGGAAUGUAAAAAUUAUCUAGACAAGAUCCGAGUGGCUAGUGUAGCUGCAGGUUUUCCUUCUGGACAAUAUCCUUUAGCAUCCCGAUUAGAAGAAGUACGUUGUGUCUUAAAAAGUGGAGCAAAUGAAGUGGAUAUUGUUAUUGACCGCUCACUAGCUUUAAGUCAUGAGUGGAAACAAUUGUAUGAAGAGCUGGUAGCUAUCCGUAAAAUUUGUGAUGAACAAAAUAAAGAUAAAAUAUGGUUAAAAGCUAUACUUGCAACAGGAGAACUGUUUAACUUGAAGGAUGUAUACAAAGCAUCCAUGGUGGCUAUGAUGGCUGGUGCUGAUUUUAUUAAAACCUCCACAGGAAAAGAAGCUAUUAAUGCAACUUUGCCUGUUGGCGUUGUAAUGUGUAGAGCAGUAAAAGAUUUUGCAGAUUUAACUGGGAAAAUGAUUGGCAUUAAACCUGCUGGUGGUAUCAAGACUGCACAGGAUGCACUAGAAUGGAUGGUUUUGAUUAAAGAGGAAUUAGGGUCAGCGUGGUUGAAUAAAACAAAUUUUAGAAUUGGUGCAUCUAGCUUACUUGGUAAUAUCGAAAAAGAGAUUUUUAAUAGUUAUCAACCUAAUGAUGACUAAAAAUUUGAUUAAAUAAGUCAAACCUGUUUGGAAUAAAAAUAUUUUUAUACUGCUUUUAUAAAAUAU